AUGGCAGCCUCGGAGCAACUGGAAGAAGUAGAAGUGGAUUCAACGAGAGCACUGAUCCACCAUUGGCGCGUUUUUAGGAUUUCUGGCCUGCAUCCACCGGACGGUAACACCUGGUGGGGGCGACAUUAUCGCAUCUAUUCCGCCGUGUGGAACCUCAUCUUUCACAUCUGCCUUUCCGUGUCGUUCGGUGUAAACUUUCUGCUAUCCAACUCUCUGGAAACCUUCUGCGAGAGCCUCUGCGUGGCCAUGCCGCACACGCUCUACAUGCUCAAGAUGGUCAAUGUGGAAAGGAUGCGACCGCAGAUGCUGCACAGCCACCGGGUGCUCCGUUGCCUGGACAAACGCUUGAGCUCAGAACAGGAGCGUAGCAUCAUCCGCGAGGGCGUUGCCCGGGCAGAAUACAUCAAUGUGCAGACUGGACGCGGAUUUGCUAGUGUAGUUAUCAUUGGCAUCCUCUACAUUGCCAUGUCCAGCGAGCGGACGUUGAUGUAUCCAUCUUGGGUACCAUGGAACUGGCAGAGCGGCUCCACCUCGGUUUUCUUGGCCACCGUCAUUGCGCACACAUUAGCCCUCGGGGAGAACGCCAUGACGGUGCACAACCUGAGCAUCUAUCCGGGCACAUACCUCAUCCUGCUCAGUGUCCACACCAAGGCGCUGGCCUUGCGCGUCUCUCGCCUGGGCCACGAUAGCCACCAGACACGGGAAGAGACUCACCAGCUGCUGAUUGGCUGCAUCCGGGACCACCAGACGAUUCUGCAGCUGUUCCAGCUGCUAGAGCGAUCGCUGUCGAUGACCUGUUUCCUACAGUUCUUCUGCACGGCCUGCAUCCAGUGCACCAUAUGCUACUUCCUGAUCUUCGAGCGGAUCGGGAUGAUGCGGUUUCUGAAUCUGGUGGCUCUGCUGGGGGGCCUGACCACCGAGACCCUGCUUCUCUGCUAUACCGCGGAGUUGGUGUGCCAGGAGGGGGACAACCUUCUGGCGGCCGGCUACAAUUGCAACUGGCUGGAGCAGUCCGUCCAUUUCCGGCGAAUGCUCGUCCUCAUGCUGCUGCGAUGCCAGAAGCCGUUGAUCCUGGUCGCCGGCAUUGUGGUGCCGGUGCGCAUGAGGACAUUUCUGGUGGUCUGCAAGGGAGCCUACACCAUGCUCACGCUACUUAACGAAAUGCGCAAAUCGGAAUACUAG